AGCUAUCGAAGAGCAGUGGGCGCUUGUGAGAUCGCCGCGAUGCGCGUCGCGAUCGGCUUCAGCCACCCCCGCAUCCACAGCUCCCUCGGGUGGUCCACAGCCUCGAGCGCAUGAGCAUAUUGCUUCAUAUACGGCGCAAAUCCAUACCUUUCCAUCUGCACUGGCAUUGUACGCUUUCAGCGACGUCGAAGGGCCUGUCGAAUUCCCGCAUACCUAGUCAACGCAUACUACACACUCGCAGCUCACUCAACAUGCCCGUCACCGUCAUUGCCGCCAGACCAGAUACUGAAGUGAAGGGCAACUUUAGGUUCAUUGGUGCGAUCGGCUCUAGCGACACAACGCGGAACACAGACGAUCUCGAAGCUAUGCUCGAACGCUCGCGCGCCGCCGGAGUGAAAUCUAUGAUCAUCACCGGUGGCAGUCUGCACGAGUCCAGAGAGGCCCUCGAGCUCGCGAAGCAGCUGGGAUUCUACGCCACCGUUGGCUGCCACCCUACGCGCUCCAAGCAAUUUGAGAGCUUCAAGGGCGGGCCGGACGCGUAUUUGGCCGCACUGGACCAGCUCAUUGCACAAAACUUGAAAGGGAAAGGCAGAGUCGUGGCUGUCGGAGAAUGUGGUCUGGACUAUGACCGGACGCACUUCGCUACCCCAGACGUCCAGCAGAGACAUUUCCGCUCUCAACUCGCUCUUGCGAAGAAAUACCACCUCCCACUGUUCCUCCACUCCCGAGCAGCACACGCAGACUUCGUGCGGAUCCUCCGAGAAGAGGGGUUCGGCGAAGACGGGGGCAGGGGAGUCGGCGCGAACGGUGGGGUCGUACAUAGUUUCACAGGAUCAGCAGAAGAGAUCGCAGAACUGAUGAACAUGGGGUUCCAUAUAGGCGUGAACGGCUGUUCCUUCAAAACAGCAGACAACCUCGCAGCGUCUAAAACGAUCCGACCAGACAGACUUAUGCUCGAGACAGACGCACCCUGGUGCUCGAUGACAUCGACACAUGCCUCGAAGCAACACCUCACCUCCCUCCCUCCAUCUCUGAACGCGUUAUACUUCCCGCCGGCGACGAAGCCAGAAAGCUUUGUGUACGGGAAAGCGGUGAAGGGGCGCAACGAGCCGUGCGCGACCGGUGCUGCGGCGUGGGUGAUGCAUAGGCUGAACGAAGGAGUUCCGUUCGAGAAGGUGACGGAGAAAGUGUGGAAGAACACCGUGCAGCUGUUCGGGCUGCAUGAGCUCGUGGACCAAUGAACCGCCGCGGCACAAUGAGGGUAUACAGACUUGACACGUAUCAUAGUUGGGGGCAUUGCUCAUGCGACCGCACAUCUCAGUACGUCGAAGGAGAUGAGCCUCACGGUGCAGUUCAUAUUUAUACUAACACGAGCAGUCUGUUUGCCGCCCAGACGAGGUAUUGUCGGACAAUGUCAAAAUUGUGUGCAGUGAUAGCCAUUCGUUCCUCUGCCUCCGAGGCAUACAACAUAACAUUGCGAUAGAGAUGUAUGUCCGUGCAUGUUGAGUACAGUCUGUUGUGUCAUAUCCAAUCACUAGUAACCUUGACCUCGAACGUGAUAUCUCUGAACUCUGUUUCAGUAGGACUGACGAGGGUAUUCCGUCGCACUCACGCCAAAUGAACGAAACUUGCAGGCUGAUAGGCCGUAUUAGAUCAGGCCAAGCAGCUCUUGAUAAUGCUCGCGGAACGC